AUGUGGGUCCGCACGCAUUCCCGCGGUAUGCCCGGCGCUCGCCCACCACGCUGCCGUCGCCGCCAGGCCGCUGCGACCUCGCUGGCGCCGCCCGGCUGGCCGCGAACCUGUUCUAGGGUACCUGUUCUAGGGUACCUGGCGCAGCACUUUUUGGUGUUGGCCGCGCAUGCCCACGCGCGCCUGGGCGACUUUUGCGCUGUGCGAGGUGCUUUCUAG